AUGCUGCUGCCUCAGGUCCGGCUGCCCUACGCCGCAUUCCCAGCCACGGCAUCCGCCGAAACAAACAGCCACGAGGGCACCCUAGCCGUAAGCAUCGAUGUCGACAAAUCAGACCCCACGAAACGAGCGGACGUAGGGUCCAAGCCGUGGCUACUCUUGAGCGCGCUGGAGGGCGGUGGCGAGCAAAAGGCAGGGCGGGCGUCAGGGGGAGGGGGCGCAACGGCGUCUAGCUCUGCGAAAGGCAGGAAGGGCUCGGAAGGCGGCGAUGAUCCUCUGCCGGAGGAUCGCUCCCAUCUCAGGCUGCCGCCGGGGGUAAACCAGUACACUGGAGCCGCGGAGGGGGACGAUGCGGACAACAACCACGACGUCCUACCCGAAGGAGUAGAUCGAAAGCAAGAAGAGCCGAUUGGCGAGGGAGAAAGCCUGCCCGAGGAGCGGUUCCACAGAGCUGACAUCGUCUCGCAGCACAUGAUCGAGACUAGGCGAACAACAACGAACGGAAAGAAAAAGUGA